GAAUUGGCGGCAUUCAGUAUAGACGCGCAAGUUGAGUGAUGCGCACAUUGCUUUCGGAAGAAAAUUCAAAUGUGCUCAUGAAAAUUAUUCGCAAGGUUUUCUAACGCGCGGCAUUUUUUAGCUUCUUAUGUUUUGUUUUAAUACUACCUGUAUAUAAUUAAUAUUAUAGCUGAACGUCAACGCGUGUGUGUGUGCGUGAACAAGUGAUCAUUAAAAAUAUAAUAAUAAUUAACAUAUAAGCAUUUGCCAUUGAUAACAGCAACAAGGCUGGGGAUUACUGAAGAAAUCUUGUUCUUUGAAUAAUUUUGCGUAUAUACAAACAUAAGUUGAAAUGUUGAAAAAGUGAUUGUACCAAAGUGCUAAAAACUAUUUAAUUUAAAAGCAGAAUUUUCGGUUAGUAAAAAGUAACCGAACCACCUAUUGAGCACCAGUUAUUCUGACACACAACGAAAAAAGUUAAAAUAAAUAUGAAUUUUACCAGCUUUUUCUUAGCCGCCUUAUUGGCCGUGCUGCUGAGCGAUCGCGCUUGGUGCCAACAAUUGCCGCCACAAAGUUUUCAAACGCAUCCCACACGCACAAAUGUGACCAGGUGGAAUCAUCGGCACUUUCGUACAUCAGUGGCAGCGCCGAGCUCCGAUGGCACAUCUAAAAAUUGCGAGAAUCUUUUAACGAAUUUGCAUGAUCGCGUGAGCGUUUUGGCAUCACUGGAUGAGGAUUUACGUAGACGCUUGGAGAAUAUAGAAAAAAAGAUGGGCCAAUUUGAAUCGAAUAACAUGGGUCGUUUGGACUCAUUGGCUGUGCAGCAAGCAGACUUUCUCAAACGUCUCGACACUCUCGACUACAUGGAGCGCCAGACAAAGCGCAAUGUUGACGAAUUGAAAGGUGACUUGAUUCAUGAGAGACAAAAAGAAGAAAUCGUCUUGCGUACAGCGCGCGAUGCCGUCGAUCGAUUGCCGCAGAUGCCCACAGACAAAGACAGACUUGAUUCAUUGGCCACUUUAUUGCUAUCGACACGUUCAGCAGUCAAUGAGUUGAAUAAUCAUCUUGAAGCGAAUAUUAGUAAAUUGUCAAACAUGGUGUCUCGCCGUCUCAGCAGCAUUCGGCGCCAAAACAAUCGCCAAUCGUCAACUAACUUCUACGCCACCAAUCAUCCAACGGAGCCGCUCGUCACCAGCUGUGCCCAAGACGCCCCAACUGCGAAUGGCAUCUUGCGCCUCCAACUCACACCCGAAUCAGAACCGUUCUAUGUGCGUUGCGACGAGGAGACGCUUGGCGGCGGCUGGACUAUUAUUCAGAAUCGUUUCAAUGGCAAAUUGAACUUCUAUCGCGGCUGGCUUGAAUAUCAGGCUGGCUUUGGCAAUUUGGGUGGUGAAUUUUUCAUCGGCCUGGAUAAAUUGCAUGCGCUCACUGCGUCGGCAGUGCAUGAACUGUUGAUUUUGCUGCAGGAUUUCGAUGGUGUAAAUCGGUAUGCGCGCUAUAAUUUAUUUGCUAUUGGCAGCGAGAAGGAAGACUAUGCGCUCAAUUUAUUAGGAGAGUACGAGGGUGAUGCCGGUGACUCGCUUACCUACCAUGCAGGCAGCAAAUUCUCGACCUUCGACAACGACAAUGAUGGCUGUGUGGACUGCAAUUGUGCGCAGUCGCGCAACGGCGCCUGGUGGUACAACUGGUGUGACAUGAGUAAUUUGAAUGGCAAAUACUUCUCCCAAAAUUACAACAAUACACCUUUGUAUGAAGGCGUGUACUGGAAUGAGUUUCGUGGAGCCGCUUAUUCGCUGAAAGCUGUGCGCAUGAUGAUACGCCCGGUGGGCAAUGAUGGCGAUCUGCAACGCAAAUAGUUCAACAGCAUACGAGUACGAUUUUUUCUUUACUUGAAUAUGAAAUAAAUACGAGUGUCUGUACCUCUCUUCUCAGGCGCUUCCUUUGAUGGGUGCAACGAAUUUGCCAUUUGACGUUGAAAUGGUGUUGUGUUCAAUGUUUUGUAUCAAAGAAAAUCAACAGUUUCUAAAUGUUACCUUAUUGCCACAAAAUAUACUCAAAUCGAGCUUCAAUGUUAACUAUUUAACUUAGUAUGUAUGUAUGUCUGUAUAUAUGUAUAUGUCACAAUGUAAAAUGUAUUUUAUGAUAUUUAAAUUUUAAUUUUCACAACCGUACAUUUGAAAUAAAUGUAAUGCCAUGUUGUACAAAA